AUAUUUCAUCUUCUAUUGAUCAUACUGCUAGGAAAAUCUGGAUCUGAAAUGGUUCCGCCUGAAAUGAUUAUGUUGAUCUAUAUUUCGUCGCGCACAGCUGAGCUACUCUUCGGCCUGCCGCAGCUCGCAGGGCUCCGCUGCCGCCUCCCAUCCAUCCAGGGAGCGGGCGAGCAUAGGCUUGCCUCAUGCCGCCGUUUCUCCGUCCAGGGUGGAGGGUGCGGCCUGGCUGCGUCGACAGCGUGGCAUCUCCUCCGGCCAGAAUACAGCCUCUCUACCAUCGAUGGAGGGACGGCACCUCUGUCCACGGCGCGGCCUCCCCUCCCUCGACGCCGCUCCAUCCCCUCCAUCCAGGGCACGCUCUUCCUUGAAUCGAAGGGAUUCCCCCUCCAUCAACGUCGCUGGAUCCCGUCGCGUGUUGUCUGCAUACUUCAACAGUUCAGCAGGAGUUGAUGGUUUAGAAUUGGCACGUAACAGGCGUCAACAAUAGCAUGCAUGCAUGCAUGAUUUUAUCGGUUCUUCGAUCAAAUUAAAAAAACAAAAACCACAUUAUAGGAAAACUGAACAUACUCAACAAACAAAAAAAUUGAAAACUCAGAAAAUUGGUUGAAAGGUUGGUUUAAUAUUUCUCCCUAGAUCCAUAAAAUUCAAAAAAUGAGGAUAAAGAUGUAGUUGAAAUGGAAAUAAGGAGAAUUAUAUAUACAACUAGGUGAUUCCCCGCGCGUUGCUGCGGGAUUUGAGAGAGCUUUUCGAUAAACUAUGAACUAAUGUGGUUGUCUAAUUGCUCGUAUAAAUCGUGCACUUAUAAAGAUUACGUUGAAAGCCGUGAGCGACCUUUUUGAUAAAAAUCAGACUUUUGAGUUACUCUUUGGUUAAUUAAUGGAUGGAGAAGAAAGAAACCAAUAAGACAUGUAUCUAAGGGAUAGAAACUAUGUAUGAAGUUGAUCGGAUGGUUACAAUAAUCAAGAUGAUGUGGUUUGCUUCUAUAUAAUAUAUAUAGAUAAACUUUUGACCUUGUAGCAUCCUUGAGCUCAUUCAUUGUUUGGACAUAUCUACCGCGUAUCAUAUUAGGAGAACUGAUCAAAGAGUCAAGAAAAGGAGGGUUUGUAUCCCAUCCUAAUCGAAACUAAAUUAGUAAUAUUGAAGCUCCUUUGUCACUAAAACAAAGUAGUGAUAGUAUUUGUACUAUUUUCUAUUUUUCUAUUAGAAAAAACUUUUUAUGAGGUAUUAAUGAAAAGCAAGUAAAAUAAUUAAGAACACUUAGUGGAUUGUAGACGGUCAGGAUGUGAAGCUUUUUAGACGGUGCAAACAAUUAAGGUGAUGUGGCUGCACCACAUACGAGAGAAUUAGCAAUCAAUACAUCUUAGUGGGGUGUUUCUCUAUAUUAUAUAUAGAUUGGCGUAUAUUAUUUGCAGUAGAUAAAAGAAAUAAAUAGUAUAUGUAUAUAAUCUUCACCCAUAGCAUUGCACGGGCAUUCAUGUAAGAUAUAAGUAACCGUGAGUCAUCUGUUUAGUCUACCAUUUAAUUAGAUUAAAACUUCUAUGACACGAGCAUAGCAUACUAACAUAUUUCUAAUGUUGAAUAUCAUUUUUCCUCUUCUUGUUUGAGUUUUCUAGCAACUUCUUAACGUGAAAAGUCAGAAGCUCAAAUAAGCAUUGAAUUUCUCGUGUUCCGAAAAGCUGAAUUUAUAGAAAAGCUGAAAACUCAGUUUUAUGAUCUUUUCAUUGAUUAAAAAACCUAAAUACAUCUUCUAAAAUUAGUAUAGGUAAAAAAAACCAGCAACAGUAAAAAAAACCUCAAAACCUGCAUCUUAAACAAGCACAAAGCGAAAAAGGCUGUCGACUGCCGGUCCAAACCACAACGGCAGAAAAAUCUACCGCAAAUCAAACCCUACGGACGACAUCGCCGGCGGUCCGCCGUCCUACGCCGUCGUGAAUCGAUGCCCCUCGCAUUUGGCUUCUCGCGGUCGCGGCUUCUCAACCGUUGCAUCAACCAUCCGCCGAAUCCAGUACUUUGCCUCUACCUUGCAUUCUCCUCCGCCGCCUCGUCAUCCCCCUCGGAGCCCUCCACCGCCGCCGCCGGCCCGGCCACCAUCAGGGAAGGGCGGGCGGAGAUCUUUAGGGACGAGUCGAACUCGGUCUUCUACAACAAGGCCCAGGUCAACAACAGAGAUAUUUCCAUUGCUGUACUGAGAUCAUUUAUUUCGAAAAGACGUGAAGAAUUUAUUGUCCGAUCAACAAGAGGAGAACCAGAAGACACUAAAUUGAGUGAACUAGCUAAGUAUGAAGAGCCAAAAGUUCUUGAGGCUUUGGCUGCAUCAGGACUAAGAGCCAUUAGGUAUGCCCUUGAGGUAGAUGGAAUUGGAGAAGUUACUGCUGUUGACAAUAAUGAAGUCGCUGUUGAAGCCUGCAAGAAAAAUAUACAACACAAUGGCAGUCUUGCAUCUUCAAAGGUGGUACCGUGUCUUGCUGAUGCUCGCUUUUACAUGCUAACACACCCAAAAGAAUUUGAUGUGGUUGACCUUGAUCCUUAUGGAUCACCAGCUGCAUUCCUUGAUUCAGCAGUUCAAUGUGUAGCAGAUGGUGGUCUUUUAAUGUGCUCUGCUACAGACAUGGCAGUGCUUGCUGGGGGAAAUGCAGAAGUUUGUUUUUCUAAGUAUGGUUCUUAUCCAUUAAGAGGUAAACACUGCCAUGAGAUGGCUCUAAGGAUUCUUCUUGCCUGCAUUGAGUCACAUGCGAUCCGUCACAAGCGCCAUAUAGUUCCUAUAAUAUCAAUACACAUGGAUUUCUACAUUAGGGUUUUUGUGCGAAUCUUCACCUCGGCUAGUACAGUAAAAAGCUCACCACUCAAAUUAGCACAUGUCUACCAAUGUGUUGGAUGCUCUUCAUUUCAUCUACAAAAUAUUGGAAGAAUUAACUUAGAGGAUAAGAGACACAUUGCUCUACCAAAUUUUGCCCCUACCGUGCCUGAAGAAUGUUCUGAAUGUGCCCAUAAGUUUGUUAUGGGUGGGCCCAUUUGGAGUGAUCCAAUACAUGACAAAGAAUGGGCUUCUUCCAUAUUGUCAAGUAUCCAUGUUAUGAUGGAUUCAUAUCCAGCUUAUGCAAAAAUUUCAGCUAUAUUAACCUCAGUCUCAGAGGAAUUGCCAGAAGCACCUUUGUUUGUGAGUCUUCACAACUUAUGUGCAAUACUGAAGUGCACUAGUCCAACCAUGGUUAUGUUACAUUCUGCCAUCAGAAAUGCUGGGUAUCAAACAUCAGGAAGUCAUGUGGAUCCACUAGCUCUUAAAACAAAUGCCCCAAUGUCAGUGAUUUGGGACAUCAUGCGAUGCUGGGUCCAUCUUCACCCAGUUAAACAUCGACCUGGAAAUCAUCCAGGCAAUGUGAUACUUUCCCAAGAGCCUAAAUUGCAGGCAAAUUUUUCACGAGCACCUGGGGCUUCAGUCCCUCGGAAAAGCCCAAGAUUUGUCCCAAAUCCUGAGAAGUUUUGGGGUCCUAGGCCAAAGGCUUGUAGGCAUCCCAAGGUAUUUCACGUGGACAAGUCAUAACUGACCAGUAAUCCACACCACAACCCGGACAAGAACUCUUUUUGUAGGGAUAUUUGGAGCCAGCAUCAUAGAACUUUCAGGUGGAGAUACAAGUUCUGGUGUUUCAAGUGUGGAUCCUUGUUUCUUUUUUUGCUUGUUGGAGUGCACCUCCAAAGAAUGCAUCUUACCCUUCCUGGGGUAGCAUCACCAUGACUUGUACUAGAAAUGACCCUGGAAUGCAUGUAUGCAGCGUGGAAACGAAAAUAGCCUGUUCGUGUGUUACGUUUUCACCAUCAACCGAGAACUUUGGCGUCAGAUGCGGGUUGCAGAAAUGUUUUGUUGUCACUUUAACAUCUAGUAAUGCAUGAUAAAAGUUUCAUUAUGCUCA